AUGAAUGGCUCUCUCGCAGACCCCUCGGUAUCAAGUCUAGACGCAAUCGACUAUGACCCCAUUGACCACCUCAACCUCUUGUUUUCGCAUCCCUCGGCCGUAUCAUCGAUAAGCCAAGUCUCGCAAGCUCUCAGAUACCGCCAGGAUGAGCUCUCGUACGAAAUCAACGCCCUCGAAUCGGCCCAGGCCUACGAGCCGGACUCGAGCCUGGAGCGAAUGCGGUCGGCGCAGACGGAGCUCGCGCAGCUCUUUCGCAAAAUCGAGACGGUGCGGUCGCGAGCGAUAGAGACGGAGCAGAACAUCACAUCCAUGACUGCGGAUAUCAAGCGACUGGACGGCACCAAGAAGAACCUGACGCUGAGCAUGACGGCGCUGAAGCGCCUGCAGAUGCUGACCACGGCGUACGAGCAGCUGAGGGGCCUUGCGAAGACGAGGCAAUAUCGGGAGUGUGCGGGUCUGUUGCAGGCCGUGCUGCAGCUGAUGAAGCAUUUCAACAGCUACAGGAGCAUAGAGCAGAUUGCAACGCUCAGCCGUGAAGUGUCGGAGCUGCAAAGGGAGCUGCUGGAGCAGGUCUGCGAGGAUUUCGAGAUGGCAUUUACAAAGGGGGAGGUCAGCGCCAAGAAGAACACGCUGGUGGAAGCUUGCCUGGUCAUGGACGCCUUGGGCGAGUCGGCCAAGUCCAGGCUGGUCAGCUGGUACAUCAACACCGAGCUGCGAGAGUACCGCCAGGUAUUCCGGGGCAACGACGAGGCGGGAAAUCUGGACAAUAUCGGGCGCAGGUAUGCGUGGUUCAAGCGUAUGAUGAAGACGCACGAGGACGACCAUGCCGCCAUAUUUCCUGCGUACUGGCGCGUCAAUGAGACGCUUGCUACAGCCUUCUGCGACGGCACGCGCGAUGACUUCAAGGGUAUCUUGGAGCGCAGUAUGCGGCGCCCGGAUGGCAACAAGAUUGAUGUCAACCUGCUCCUCAGCUGCCUACAAGAGACUUUAAAUUUCGAACAAAGCUUGGAGAAGCACUUUUCAAACGACCCAAGAGCCAGCAUCGAUACUCUGAGCUCUACAGAGGAGAAGUCGCACAACUUCAACGGCCUCGUAUCGGUGGCCUUUGAGCCAUACCUGAGCCUCUGGGUGGAGUCACAGGAUAAACAGCUCGCAGCCAUGAUUCCAAAGUACCGCACGCAGCCUCUCAUUCCCCCAGAAGAAGAGUUUACGCCGCAGACGGUCAUUUCCUCAGCGCUGGAGCUUUUCCAUUUCUACAAGUUGACCUUGUCUCAGUGCGCGAAACUGUCUACGAGCGAUCGCCUGCUAGAUCUAUCAAAGACGUUUGCCAAAUACUUGGACGAGUAUGCUCAGCAGGUGUUGCUGCGAAAAUUACAGUCGAGCGGACAGAAGAGUCCCUCGAUGCAAGAUGCCGUCUUGGUUUUGAACACGGCAGACUUUUGGCACAUCAACACCAACCAAUUGGAAGAGAAUAUCAAGAAGCGCAUUGAUCCGGAGUUGGUGGCCAAGGUCGAUUUAUCAUCCCAGUCCGAUGCUUUCCUGGGCGUAGCAAGCGCUGCCGUGCUGGCUUUGGUGCACAUUGUUGAGUUGGACUGUGAGGGCGUCUGGCGGGAGAUGAAAAAUACCAACUGGAGCACAAUGGACAGCGCGGGGGACCAGAGCUCCUGGGUGGGUGAGCUUGUCAAUCAUGUCAACGGUAAGACGGAAGAGAUUCUUGGUAUUGUUACAAAGCAGCAAUACGCGAGGGCAUUCUGCGACAACCUCGUGGACCAUCUUGUGACAGCCUUUAUCAAUAACAUUGUCCAAUGUCGACCAAUAUCUGAGGUUGGGGCCCAGCAGAUGCUCGUUGACAAAUACGCACUUACAAAAUCCUUUGGAAACCUGAUGUCAUAUCACAAUCCGUCGCCAGCGCAGCAAACGCCAUCUGCCACGUUUGUGAGGCGAGUUGAGCAAAGCAUGAACCGGAUGGACCCUCUGCUCAAGACGCUGCAAGUUCGCCAGUCGCCGCCAGAGGGCCUUGUGCAGGCAUAUCUCAUACAUAUUGCGGACCGCUCAGACACAAACUUCAAGAAGAUCCUGGAGCUCAAGGGCGUGCGCAAGAUGGAUCAGGUUCACCUGAUUGAGCUAUUUGGAAUCCACCGUGACGGCAGUUCCAACGAUAAGCUCGCCCAGAACUCUCCGCUACUGACACCCCUGAUGUUGACAUCCAGCCUCAGCAGCGCUGGCGGCUUGGGUGCCAUCAACACAGCCUCUGCUUCCCUGGGAGGCGGCUCGGCGAGGUUCGAUGCAGGGUCGCUGGGCGAGAAACUGCUCAGUGCGGCGAGGGACAUUAGCAACACUAGCCAGAGCGGCUCGGACAAGGCCACGAUUAAUGAGAAUUUGAGGAACUUUGGAAAGUUUUUCAAGCGAGAUAUAAGUGGCCUGGGGCUGAAGUUUGGGAUGCGCGAUGGAGUUGAGGACGGGCAUCGAUAG